AUGGAAUCAAAUUGUGAGAGGGAGGAUUUGUGGAUGGAUUUUCGAGAGGAUACUUCAUACAGGCUGGUAGAAGAGGCAGAAGACGAAGAGGGUGUGAUGGGAAAGACGGAGGAAGAUGUCGAUGUUGAGUUUGUAGUCGAGUCAAAAUUUGAAUCAGUA